UCUCCAUAACACCUUCUGUUCUGUAUAACACAAAAAGUCUCCUUAAAAACGCCAUCAAAAGAUGCUUGUUCAAGAUUUCUUCAUCGGUACGUUGUUGUACUCACUGUUGGUUUUCGGUUCGCUCGCAACGGAGUUUGAGAAAGUUUUCGAAUGGAAGCAGAUGUCGUAUGCGGAUCUGCCAGAUUCAAGCACAGGACAAGACGGCAUCGUUUUCCCUCGGAUCAUGACAGAAAUGGAAAACGAAACGUUCCAGGCGUACAACAACGUACCGAUGGGAGCGAGCGUCCACAAGAAUCGGUUGUUCCUAAGCAUACCUCGCCGUAGGCCAGGUGUUCCGGCAACGCUCAACGUGAUCGACCUGUCAAAGGUGACACCUGGAGAUCGCAGUCCAUCCCUGACGGCCUACCCUACUUAUGCGAUCAACGAGCUAAAGCCGAACUAUGAACCUGACCUAAACCGCCUGGUGUCGGUGUACCGAACACGGGUGGAUGCCUGUGACCGGUUGUGGUUUGUGGACACCGGCAUGCUCGAGUAUCCGGAUAACCGACGGCAAGUGCAACGGCCACAGAUCUGGGUAAUCGACUUGACUCGGGACCAGCUUGUCCGGCGGUUCGCGAUCCCUGAGUCGAUCGUACGGGAAGGUGUCGGAAUGGCCAGUAUCAGCGUAGACGUCGAGCCAGCUGAUUGUGAGCGGGCGUUCGCGUACAUACCGGAUCUUGCUGUGAACGCUAUCCACGUGUACAGCCUGCGGGAUGAUGACAUGUGGACGUUCAAUCAUUCGUCCUUCGUGCACGAUCAUCAAAAAGCCAAGUUCAACGUUGCCGGCCAGCGGUUCCAGUGGGACGAUGGGGUGUUUUCGGUGGCGAUCGGUCAGAACGACACGGAAGUUGGAUCGAGGUUGAUCUACUACCAUCCGAUGGUCAGCACGGCCGAAUUUGGGACGUUUUCCAGCGUGCUCCAGAGCAAAGCGAUCGCUUUGUCUGGGCAUACUGAUGGAUUGUUCGAAACCCUUGGUGAUCGAGGUCCGAAUACCCAGUCCACUAUGCACCUGUACGAUCGACGAACUGGGGUGUUGUUUUACGCCGAGGUGAACCGCAACUCGAUCGGUUGCUGGAACACGGCGCAGAUCUUUGACGCUGGUAACCAUGCGGUGGUACAUCUGGACAAUCGCGAGUUCAUCUAUCCGUCGGAUCUGACGAGUGAUUCCGAGGGAACGCUGUGGGUGUUGACGAAUAGCCUGCCGGUUUGGAUCUACUCCCGGCUGAGCGAAGGUGAGUUUAACUUUCGACUUUGGCGUCAGAACCCGGCGGUGGCCAUCAAAGGUACGAAGUGCGAUAACUUACCGUGAGGGCUA